GUCGCCUUCGCUUCGCCAGUCCUAGUUGAUACUCCGAUCGGUCCACUUCGGCUUCGCGUUCGUUUUGCUGCGGUGCCGUCCGUCCGGCGGCGAGUUUUGCUUACAGUGCUUCUCCGCACACAAUCAAAGUAGGCGCGCGCGUGUACGGCCUUGUGAGAUCGCUAUCGCGUUCGACUGUAUUAGUGUGUGCGGCGCGAGGGUGUUUUUGUUGGCGAGGGAUGACAGGAUGAAGGGAUAGGGACCCUCGCCCCUCGACGUCAGGCUUUGCGCUGCACGGAAUGUCGGCCCGACACAAUGACAAGAGUGUGUAGUUUUUGCACACCCGGCGGCACCGUGCGUGGGUGUGUGUAGUGUGCGUGUUUGUGCACAUGUGUGUUCGCACACAGCAGGCUGUGCACAGCAGUGUGUGCGUGUGAUCCACCUAGAAGAUCCUUAGAAGGAAGAAAAUUUGAAAUGAGAGAAAUUCAAUUGAUGCAAGUGGAUUGGGCGAAUUUGUUUUGAAUAAAAGAAAGUACGAGCUUUCGAGAAAAGAAUUCUGUCAAUUUUAUUGAAAACCCGUCAAGAAGAAAGUUUUUAAAUCCCGUCGAAGACGACACACCAAUACCAACAUUGUGUCGUCGUGUCGUGUCGAGGAGGAAAACAAAAAUCAAUAACUCGAAUGUUUUGGUCGGCUUCGUGUCUCCGCAAGGAGGAAAACCUUUUGAGUAGUGUUUUUGACAACAGCUGAAGAAGGUGUGAUCGAAAUUUGUCGUGUACCGAUUUUUACAAAAAAAAAUCGCUGUAAGCGUUGGGUAACGAGAAGAUUGUGGCCCCCUUGGAUAAUUUGUGAAUUUUCAAAUUUGAGGAAAAAGGUUCAAACGAGAGUGAAAUUGUUAAAUUUUUACGUCAGCCCUGUCGAGAAAAAAAAGAAGAAGCUGCAAUUAAGGUGAAAUAAUUGCCGUUUGAAUCGGCGAAAAAAAGCGGAGAAGAAGUAAAUAAAAAGUAUUCACCGAGCCCCAACCCCUAUGAUUUAUGGCCCAAAGUUGAUUAAAUCAGUUGAACGGCCCCUUCUACGCUCAAUCGAAGUGAAUUGAGGAAGAAACAAGUGAGUGUGGUGAGUGUAUGUGAAUGUUUGGCGAUAUCUCACGUGAAACGUGAGCAAAGUGAAGUUAUCUACCGUAACGAGAAGAAGAGAGCCAGCAGAAAAAAACGGUUCACUUUUUAUUGUGUUUUUUUUUAAACGUCAGCAACCUUUUGCCGAAAAACCGCAACAACGUUAAAAAUCGCAGCAACCCAACAACACUUGAAAGGUUGCGUGCGGCUGAGGCUGAGUUCGGGACAACAAUUGGAUUAGGGGAAGCUUGUUACACUUGCCCCACUUUCCCCUACCCAAAAACGGAGCAGCAGCAGGCCGGGAACGAGUUAGAAGGUGUUCGGAGGAACGGGUUGCUACGAGAGAAACAAAAGUUGUUCAACAUUGAAACAGGUAAUAAAACAAGUGUCUGCUGCUGCUGGAUUGGAUUUGAAUACCCCUCUCGGUGGACUCGGUGUGAGUGACUGCGGCUGCUUGUUGGAGACUGCCAGCACUGAUCCCACCGACAGCAAAAAACAUGGAAUAAUUCGUGACAAUCGUGGAACCACCCUAACGGCAGCAUAAAUGUCGAACCAAGACCCGGUACCACCAUAGUGUCCCCACCCGCGAAAGUGUGAGUGUGUUCUUGUUCAGGAAAAAAGGGAGUUUCGGUGAGAUAGCCCUUCGAAGAAAAAGUGUGUUGCCAAAAAGUUAGUUUUAGAAAAUUAGAAAAAAAAUAAGUGAAUCAGUGUUAAAAGUAAUCCGGAUGGAUACGAUGGUGUUCGACGACGAGCCGCCACCCGAACCGCGGGACGGGUGGCUCCUGGUGCGGAUCUACGUGCCCGAGCUGAACGUGUACAAGUGCUUGCAGUUCCCGUCCGAUAAGGUCGUCUGGGACGUCAAGCAGCAGUGUCUGGCAUCGCUGCCGAAGGUGGCCUUUUGGUUCAGGGAAUUGAAGGAGAGCUUCAACUAUGGACUGUUUUGUCCGCCGUCCAACGGGAAAGCUGGCAAGUUCCUGGACGAGGAACGGCGGUUAGGAGACUAUCCGUUCAACGGACCCGUCGGGUAUUUGGAGCUCAAGUACAAACGGCGCGUGUACAAGAUGCUGAACCUGGACGAGCGCCAGCUGAAGGCGCUGCACACCCGGGCCAACCUGCGGCGCUUCCUGGAGUGCAUCAACGGGGGCCAGGUGGAGAAGGUGGCCAAGAUGUGCGCCAAGGGCCUCGACCCGAACUUCCACUGCCAGGAGACGGGCGAGACGCCGCUCACAAUCGCCACCGGGACGAAGAAGCCGAACAAGCUGCUGAUCGCGCUGGUCAACGGCGGGGCGCUGCUCGACUACCGGACACGGGACGGGGCGACCGCGCUGCAUCGGGCCGUCGAGCGGGACAGUCUGGAGGCGGUCAGCACCCUCCUGGAGCUGGGCGCCUCUCCCAACUACCGGGACACGAAGGGCCUGACGCCGGUCUACCUGUCGGUGACGCGCAAAACCGAGCCCAAGAUCUGCGAGGCGCUGCUGCACGACCACGCCACGCUCGGCAUCCAAGACAGCCAGGGCUGGCAGGAGGUGCACCAGGCUUGUCGGAACGGGUUAGUGCAUCACCUAGAGCACUUGCUGUUCUACGGUGCGGAUAUGGAUGGGCAGAACGCUUCCGGCAAUACGCCGCUGCAUGUUUGCGCUGUUAACAAUCAGGAGGCUUGCGCUAGAAUGCUUCUCUUUCGCGGUGCCAACCGGGGCGCACUAAACUAUGCCAAUCAGACACCGUACCAGGUCGCCGUAAUUGCCGGCAAUUUGGAACUAGCCGAGAUGAUCCAGAACUACAAGAGCGAAGAUAUCGUUCCGUUCCGCGGUCCACCCCGGUACAAUCCGCGGCGCCGGUCCGGCCUCGGCUGGGGCUCGACGCUGUCCCGCAUUUACGGCGGUCCGCCGUCGCCCUGCCCGUCCGAGCAUCCGUUCAGCUCGGCCAGCUCCAGCCUGUCGGAGGGCUCGUCCAGCCACCGGAGCCACGAGGAUGACAUUAGCAUCGUGACAGACAAAAGUCUCGGCGACACGAGCGACAUCAUCAGCGACUCUUCCGGCGUCGGAACCAACUCGGAUUCGGCGGCCUGCUCGAUUGGCCACCCGAGCACCACCGUCGUCUGCAUGGAGGGCUACGAGGCGGGCCUUUCCGGCCACAUCCAGAUCCAGCCCGGGGACGUGAUCGAGGUGGUCGGCUCGACGGAUUGCGGCCUGCUGGAGGGCUUUGUCCGUGGGACCAACAAGACCGGGUUCUUCCCGGCGCACUGCGUCCAGGAGGUCCAGUUCCGGCAGAAGAGCAUCGUCAACGUGUCGACGUCGGCGCCAAUGCACCAUCAUUACGUGAUUAACAUGGGCGGUGGCGGCGGCAGCGGAGAGGGCUCGGAACAGGGUCAAGGACAGGGCCAUGGACAGCAGCAGCAGCAGGGGCAGUACAACAGUCAGACGGCGCCGCGGACGAAAAAGGCGACCACCGGAGAACCGCGGACCGUGGUGCUGCACCGGGCCAAGCGUGGCUUUGGGUUUAUCCUGCGCGGGGCCAAGGCGUCGUCCCCGUUGAUGCAGCUGAAGCCGUCGGCGCGCUGUCCGGCGCUGCAGUAUCUGGACGAUGUCGACCCGGGCGGGGUGGCCGACAUGGCCGGGCUGAAGCCGGGCGAUUUCUUGCUUGCCAUCAACAACGAAGACGUCACGUGUGCCUCGCACGAGCACGUGGUCGACCUGAUCCGCAACUCGGGCUCGCUCGUGUCGAUGACGGUGGUGACGCUGCCGCACAAUCUGGUCAACUCGAUGCUGGACGCGGCCACGGCCAUGUCCAGCACUCACCAGCAGGCGGACACCGGCAGUCAGCACUCGAGCGGAUCCGGCAUGAGUACGCCCGUUUCCUGCUCGGCCGCGGCAGCUCGCCAGUGUUCGACGCUGCCCCGGCGGAUGAACGGGGGGCCGGCGAGUUUGGCGGGCUGCAAGAUGCCGGCGCCGAUGCCACCGCGGCGAGAUCCAAAGACAACCCUUAGCGUAGGACGAGCACGUGCCAAAUCGAUGGUCGCCGGGUUGGAGGGUGGCGGCGAGAAGGACGAUGAUGAGGGGAUGGGAUCGGGCCAUGGCAAGUCAACGUCGGUGGAAUCGCUGCACCAGCAGUUGUUGCUGCAGCAACAGUCGCAGUCGGCGAUCAGCACUCCGACGCAGGGCGGUCCGGGGACGCCGGUGCAACCGCGGACGGCGAGCAUCAAGUCACGGCCAACGUCUAGUCGAAUAACGGCCGCCGAGUUGGAGGAGCUGUUCCAGCGGCAGCAGGGCGUGGACGCGAAUCGAUGUUCGAUGCUGAUGUCCAGCUCACGGUUCCAGAGUGGGUUCGAUAGUGGUGCGGCUACGCCGCCGACUUCCCCCCAGAAGGGACCAAUCGUGUACGCGAGCGUGGCCGAAAUGAAGCGCAAAAAGUCGUCCAAGAUUGGCACGCUCAAGGGCCGACCCAUUCCGAUUCCGCAGGUCGGAGCCGAUCUGAAGCGCAUCUUCCACAGCACGCCGGAUCUCGCGGGGAUCUCGACCGGAUCGAUGGCCUCGGAGCUCAACAGCAGCGCCGGAACGUUGACGCCGUCGGCCAGCUGGUUCAACACCGUCGGCCACAAGGGCCACCGAUCUCAAGACGACAUGUACAGCCUUCAUAUGUCGCUGCAAAGACUGAACCUUCCCCCGCCGAACCAUCCGCCACCGCCACCGCCCGUCGGCCAGGUCGUCAAGGUGGAAAUCUCCCGCGGGUCCGAGUACGAAUGUCUCACCGCGCUUCAGAAGCACAUCCAGGCCAAGGCCAAACAGCAGCAGUCCAAAAUGCUCGACUCCGAAGUCAUGUCCAGCUUCAAGCCGGCCUCGAACGCCAAACUGUACGCGUCCCCGCAGGACAUCCGGAACGUGGGCUACCGGACGACAAGCGUCACUUCGGCAACCAGCAGCAGCAGUAGUGGAAACAGCAGCAACAGCGGAAACAGCAGUACCACCACAGAGGUCCGCAAAUCGUCCUCAAUCCGAUCGACCGCGUCGAGCACGACGACCAGUGGCAGCGCCAUCAACGUCACAACGGUCACGAUUGGCGGCGGCGGCGGAGCCGCGACAGCGACCAUCACCAACUCCACCAACAACAAUUCCGGAGGCGGCGGCAGCAAUCCGUACGCCCAACCGGGCCGACCCGCGGUCAUGCAACAGGCUGCACAACCCCAGCAGCAGCAGCAGUACAAAAAUCCACCCGGGGCGCCACCCCUUCCGGAUCCGGACUACAGCUUGAGCGACGAGUCGGACACCGAAGAGGACAACUCGGUGCGGAUGGUGCGGGCGAACCUGAAGAAGGUCAACGGGGCGGAUGGGGCGACGGGGACGACGAAUAGCGGCGGAGGGAAAGGGACAACCGUUAAUCCGGGUAUGGCGGCUGAGACGAGCGGAAACAGCAACACAAGCGGUAGCAGUUCCGGCUCCAGCUCGAUCCCGCACUCCUUCUCUGUCGAGGAGAUCCAGAAGAUCCGCACCAAGCUCAAGUCGUCCAAGUCCUACCCCAACGACUUCCUGCGACAGCAAAACGCCCAGCAGCAGCAGCAACAACAACAGGAAAACGCCGACCGCGACCGCCAGGACGACGCCGGCGACAACAGCUCUUCGGGCGUGAGCAGCGACCAGGAGGUGACGGUCACGUGCAACGAGGUGCCCAAACCGAUGGCCCUGCUGGAGCAGAAAAAGAUGGCGGUGAUGAUUACGCCGGCGAAGGUGCCGGUCCAGCUGCCGGAGGUUCGCAGUGAUGAAGAUGAUGGCGACCAGAGUCCGAGUCCGCCGGCGACCGGCUUCCAGCGGCACAACUCGUUGACGCGGAAGCAGGCGGCCACGAUUGCGGCCCAGCGGGCGAAGGCGGCUGCCGCGCAGAACAUUCAGCAGCGGCACGCGGUCACGCUGGCCACGUUGCCGCCGCCUAUUGAGGCGGAUUCGGACGAGGGGGAUGGAGGGGCGGCAGCGGUGCUGCCACCGCCGGCGGAAUUUAGCGAUUCGGUUGGGGGGUGUUCGCAGCCGCAUGGAGGGGGAGGGGUUCAUCAUCACCACCACCAUGGGCAUGGGCAUCAUGGUGGGGGCGGGGGAGCGGGGGCUGGUCAGUACGUCACCGGACACAAUCCCAACUGCAAGCGGGUCCGCAUCGUGGGCGCCGUCCCAAAGGUCAAUCGGCUAAACAGCCAAUAAGCGACGGAUAGACUAAAAGAAAAAACUAUACAUUUAGAUAGACACGAUUAAUAGCACCACACACACCACACACACACACUCAGUCUAACAAGCAUUUUAAAGGUUAGAAUUGAAUAAGGUUAGCGGAUGCAGCAACUAGCGCGCGAUCGUUUCGUCUUGUAAAGGAACCUUUUUAAACUGGCCUACGGAACCGAACAACUAUAACUAGAAAAAAGAAGCUUGUUUCAUUCGAAAAAAAAUGCUUAACUCCAUCAAACGUUUAGAGAAAAUCGAAACUAUUUAAAAAACACUUUCGUGCAAUAUCCAAUUCGGUUCGUCAUCAGCUGACAAAAGUGUGUAAAGAAAAAACAAGCUCAAAUCGUUUAGCCAAAAAAAAAGAAAGAAAAAAAUCAUUCGACGGUGAAAGUUGGCGAAUUCCAGAUGUAAUAUUUUUUCAGUGUAGACGAAAAGCGCGCGCGCGCCGAAAACGUCCUUUCAAGUGCUGUUCGCAAUCCAAGUAGGCACAUGAACCAUUUGAGAAUUCGAUUUCAAAAUAGGCGCGCGCGCAGCUCGCGUCGUCGCCUGCUAAGAUGAUUUUGUUCGGUGGUAAGAAGUAAUAGCAACAAGCCUCUUUGGUUUUUGAUUAAGUGUCCUUUCCUUUUUUUAGUUUGGAUAAAUGUGUAUAGAAUAUAUUCAUUAAACAUUUCGUUUAGAGGAUUAGCAGAACUUUACUUGGUUGUAAGAUUUAUUUUUUUGCUCUUUUCUUUCGAUGAUUUUAAAACGGCACGGAAAACUGUAUAAAUUUAGCACCUUUUGAGCGACAAGUUUUAACCCUCACGUGCGCACGUGCAUUAUAUAAAGAAUCACUUCAAACUUUCUGUCUUUAAUUAAUUACAUUAAUUAACAAGUCAACAGAUAAGUGGACGAGAUGAGCGAAUCCCCAACCUGCAGCAAGCAGUCUGAGGAAGAUGAGCGAGAUGUUUGGAGGAAGGUCAAUGUUUAAGUAUACUCUACACUUAGUUGUAACUCACAAACACUGUUGUACAUUUUAUUUUCGCGCCCCUUCCCUUGUUUGCAUAACACAAACCCGUUCUUUUGUAAUAUUUAGUGUUUAAAUUCCUUUAUACAAAAAACACAUACACCACUAUGAGAGAAAACCGAAAAAAAAUUGCAGAGACAAAAAGACACCGAUUCCCCUUCCCUUGAAAAACUACCGAAUAAAGCAAUGCGUGAAUUAAACAACAUUUAUAAACAUAUAUUUUUAUACGUUUACGCACCUUAUAAAAAAAGCGAGGGAAGAGAAUAACCGAAGCGAAUACAUUUUAGACAACAACAAAACAAGUAAACUUAUUAAGCACCUCACGUUUCCCCCCAAACAAGUAAAAACGCAUUACAAAAAAAAAGCAAAACAAAAAUAUCUCAUCGUCGUAUAUAAACAAACAAACAAAAACAAAAUAUGUAAUGAAACAAAAGUGUACCGACAAAUUACGAUGGCCAUUUAAACGUAAACGCGUAACGAAAGCGAAAUUUUACUAUUGACAAGAAGAAAUUGAAUGAAAAAAGUGAAUAAGAAAUAUUAGAGCAAACGCAAAUUAUGCCGCCACCAAUACAAAAAAAAAAACAAACACGAAUAAAGCAAAUCUGUCCGCGCUAAAAUCAAGCACACACACAAAGAGAAAAAAAAAGAAGUCUAGCAAAACAUUUUAAGCAGCAAGCAUAACAACCCCCACACGGAAGUCAUUGCGAUUUGAAAUCUCAGAAAAACAGAACACGUACUAAAACAAAACAAACAAAAAAACAUACGCGCCCACACAAUGCAACGCAAUGGAAGCCUUUAGACAGAAACUCACAAAACGAAACUACAGUUUGCAAAACAUGUUUAGAAAGCAUGAUAACGUACUCCAGGAAAUAAAAAAAGAAAAAAAACAGACAGACUACAAUCACACAUACACGGAAAAAAACGCAUACAUACCGAACCACAAACAUACAUCUUCCCCCCUUUGGCAGAACAACAAAAUUACAAGGGGAAUGAGAAAAAAAACAUACGCGUAAAAAAAGAAAGAACAGUAAAAACAACAAUUUUGAAUCCACAAGCGUCAUUUUCAGCAUGAAUCAAUAUGAUAUUAAAGUAAAAUGCUAUAAUUAUAAUAAUGAAAUAAAAUAAUAAUAAAACAAAAAA